CUCUGACUCCCAAGGCCGGGCUGUUUUCACUGAGCCGCAGGGUCUGUUGUAUCAAACUCUCCCAACCUCAGCACACAGAUCAACCCAAAAGAGAAGACAAAGUCCAUCAAGAGUCGAAGAUGUAAGGAGUCUUUCCUUCUGGUAAAGAAGGAAAAGGUGGCCGUUGGGACUAUGGAUCGAAGUAAGCGGAAUUCGAUUGCGGGAUGUCCCCCUCGUUUUGAACGCCUGGAAGACUUGGAUGGCGGAGGAGGAGGGGAUGGGAACGUGGCCCAGAUGGGAAGAGUCUGGCCGUCUUCCUACCGAGCGCUUAUAAGUGCCUUUUCCAGACUCACACGCCUUGACGACUUCACCUGUGAAAAGAUUGGGUCUGGCUUCUUCUCUGAAGUGUUCAAGGUGAGACACCGAGUUUCCGACCAAGUGAUGGCUCUGAAGAUGAACACCCUAAGCAGCAACCGGGCCAACAUGCUGAAGGAGGUCCAGCUCAUGAAUAGACUGUCCCAUCCCAACAUCCUGAGGUUCAUGGGGGUGUGUGUACAUCAAGGACAAUUGCACGCCCUCACAGAGUAUAUCAAUGCUGGGAACCUGGAACAGCUGUUAGAUAGCGACGUCCACCUGCCCUGGACGGUGAGGGUGAAACUGGCAUACGACAUUGCCAUGGGACUCAAGUACCUUCACUUCAAAGGCAUCUUCCACCGGGAUCUCACUUCCAAGAACUGCUUAAUAAAAAGCGAAGAUAACAGCUACUCCGCCAUCGUGGGAGACUUUGGCCUGGCAGAGAAGAUCCCCGAUUACAGCAAGGGCAGCGAGAAGCUGUCCGUGGUCGGCUCGCCGUUCUGGAUGGCCCCGGAGGUUCUCCGAGACGAGCCCUACAACGAGAAGGCAGACGUGUUCUCCUACGGCAUCAUCCUCUGUGAGAUAAUCGCCCGCAUCCAGGCCGACCCGGACUACCUCCCCCGCACAGAGAACUUUGGGUUGGACUACGAUGCCUUUCAGCACAUGGUGGGUGACUGUCCACCUGACUUCCUGCAGCUCACCUUCAACUGUUGCAAUAUGGACCCGAAGCUGCGGCCGUCCUUCGUCGACAUCGGGAAGACCCUGGAGGAGAUACUAAACCGCCUGCAAGAGGAGGAACUGGAGCGGGACAGAAAGAGCCCCGAGAGAAAGCCGGUCUCCCUGACUAAAGGGCUGCUGGACAAAAGCCCGGCGAUGAAGCGGCUGAGCUCGUUGGACGACAAGAUCCCCCCCAAGUCUCCCCGGCCCCGGCGGAUCAUCUGGCUGUCCCGCAGCCAGUCGGACAUCUUCUCGCGCAAGCCGCCCCGCAAGAUCAGCGUGCAGGACCCCUACUACACUCCCCAGCGGGGGGCGGGCACCGGCCCCAAGGUGAACCCCUUCAGCGCCCGGGAGGACCUCAAGGGCGGCAAGAUCAAGUUCUUCGACCUGCCCAGCAAGUCGGUCAUCUCCCUGGUGUUCGAUCUAGACGCCCCGGGGCCCAGGGCCUGCCUGGGGAGCGGAAGCCGGCUUCAGCUGCGGCCCCCGCCCGACGGGCUGGAGGCCCCGCCGCUCCGCCGCUGGCGCUCCCUGCCGGGCUCCCCCGAGUUCCUCCGCCAGGAGCCCCCGUCCUUCACGGGGCAGCGGGAGGACCCUCCGCCCGCGGGGGCCGACGGGCGACUCAGGCUGCUCAGCAGCCUCAAGUACGGAGUGAUGGCCAUCCCGCCCUUCCGGGCCCCCCGCCCCGCCCCGCGCACCCCCGCCGGCUCGCGCCCCGCCUCGCCGGACCAGGAGGCCAUGGACUGCUCCGCUCCCAUGAGCCCUCGGGAGGAGAACGGCUUCGGGCCCGGCCCCCAGGUGCCCGGGGCCCCAGGCCCGCGGGGAGGCCCGGUCCUCGGGGCCACGGCGGGCAGCGCCGAGGACAUGGAGGUGGAAGAGGCGAGACAGAGGGCUCUCGGGCCCGCGGCCCCCGGCCCGCCCCGGCCGCUCGGCCGGGAGCCCGGGGCCGUGGGCGCCCCCCGGGGGGCUGGCCCGGGAGGGGGUCACGGCCCCCCCGGAGGGGACCGGGACGGCUGAGCAGGCGGGACGGUGGCACCGUGAGCUGGGCGUAGUCCAGUGCGGGCGGGGUCCCUGGGGCGUGAGCAGAACAGGGUGGUGGAGGCCCAGAGAAAUAGCCCCCUCCCCAGCCUGGGGGUCCAGGGGGCCGGGCAGCUAGCUGGCCUAGGGCUGUGUCCGCAGAUCCUCUCCUCUUCCUCUCCCCGAUGCCGGCACCCCACUGCCCGCCCCCCUCCUCCGCCCACUUGGGAGAGGGCCACCGGGGCGGGACCUGUGGCCCACCGGGCCCGGCCCCCAUUCUUUCCUCUGUCUCCCAGCCGGCAGCGCCGGGUUCACGGCAGGCUCGGGGAGGGCAGGGGGCCGGCUCCGUCGAGACGACGUGUCCGAAACCCGCUCCCCUUUAGCGUGGAGGCCGCCGGGACCCUUGGCCCCCGGGCGGCCCCAGCCUCCUGCCGUUGCCCGGUGGAGCGGACCACGCCGAGCCAGCCCCCUCCCCGCGCGUCGCCGCUCGGGGACCCGGUCCUACCUGGACCCCGAGUCCACCCGGGAGCCUCUCCCCCAACAUCAGGGCUUGUUUCACCGAGUGGGGGGAGGCCACCGAGCCACGGGCCCGGACCCAGCACUUCUCGCCAGUAAGACUAAAGACACUUGAAUAAUUCCCGUUUGCACUUAACUGCUCUUGUCUACGUCACUACAUUUCUAUGCAAGGGGAGGAUGGGGGGGGGGGGGGGGGGCGGGUGUCGAAUCUCUGAUUUAGUACGUUUAGAGAACUCUGUCAGAUGCCGUCUAUUUUCGUAUUUAUGAAGGAGUCUUAAUAUUUUGCCAUCUGUAAAUAGCCGAAUUAUAAUCGGGGGGGAGGCGAGGCCGGCGGCGGAGUCGGUCGGCGGACGCGGCCGGUGACUUUUCUGAUUCCGUGUAUAUUUAUGAACGUGGAGAGAGAGUAAAUCCCGUUGUCCUGCCGACGGACCCCCCCCCCCCCCCCCAUGGGGGUAGGAAGGUGAACGCCUCGUUCGGUGGAACUGCAAUAAGAAAUAACCAAAGAUGAGGCCGGUUCGAUAUUUUCGUAAUCCGUGUUUCUCGGUCGAUUGUUUUUGUAAAACCUUUCCCCACUUGUUUUCGGAUUAAAAAAAGAACAACAGUAA